AUGCAGCCCGCCUUGAUCCUUGCUCUUGCGCCUCUUGCGGCUUUCGCAUUUCCAGCCCCAUCUUCUGGCGUACGUCGUGUGCACGAGAGGCGCGACGCUAUCCCGUCCUCCUGGGUGCCUGUUACCGACCCUUUCCCGACAACGCCAAUUCCACUUCGGAUUGCUCUUACCCAGUCCAACCUAGACAGCGUACACGAUGAGCUUAUGCACGUGUCUGACCCAUCUUCUGAGCAUUUUGGCAAGCACUGGACGGCGAAGGAGGUUGCCGAGUUCUUUGCACCUUCCAAGGAAUCUGUGGAUAUUGUCCUCACUUGGCUAGAGAGUGAGGGCAUCUCCCGUUCUCGGGUCGAACAGUCACAGUCUCUCGGCUGGCUCGAAAUUUCUGGUGUGACCGUCGCAGAGGCAGAGAGCUUGCUCGACACGAAGUAUACCGUUUACUUGCACGACGUCACUGGCACUCCUCACUUGGGCUGUGGCGAUUACUCCGUGCCUGAGGAGGUUGCCAAGCACGUUGAUUUCGUCACUCCAACCGUUCACUUCGACACCCGCGUCAAGAAGGAACAGCCGCAGAGGAAACGGAGUGCGGCUACCGAGGUCGGCAAGCCGGGAUCCGGCUCUUUGCCCAAGCAGGGCGCCACGCUAUCUUCCGAGUCGAUACUUCAGGAGCUUGAAUACUGUAACGAGGAAAUUCUUCCUAUUUGUCUCCAAGCGCUGUACAACAUUCCCGUCAAUCAGUCCCGUGCUACAGCGAAGAACAGCUAUGGCAUCGUCGAGUAUACGCCUCAAAGUUACUUUGCUACGGAUCUCGACAUGUUCUUCGGCCAAUUCGCUCCUCAGCUUGUGGGCCACAGGCCCACAAUGGACAGCAUUGAUGGUGGCAACAUCCAGACCAUGUAUGAGAGCUUCGAUUAUAACGGCGAGAGUGACCUUGAUCUUGAAUAUGCCAUGACUCUCGUGUAUCCCUUGAACCCGACCCUGUACCAGACCGGUGAUAUGGUCGAGGGCGGUUCUUUCAACAACUUCCUGGACGCACUGGACGCAAUGUACUAUACAUUUGACGGCGGCGAUGAUCCUACGGAGGAUGGUGUUUACCCCGAUCCCUACGGCGGAGGAUAUGAAGGGCCAGAGACCUGCGGUGGCUACGCUGCGACCUAUGUGGUCUCCACUUCAUACGGGUACAACGAGGCGGACCUGACACCGUUCUACGAGGAAAGACAGUGUGCAGAGUACGCCAAGCUUGGUCUUCAGGGCGUUUCUAUCCUGUACAGCAGUGGUGACUAUGGUGUUGCUGGCAACGAUGGCGAGUGCACUUACGCGCUCAACGGGACCCGAUUUAAUCCUUCAUUCCCUGGCACCUGCCCCUACGUGACGUCCGUGGGCGCUACUCAGAUUGUACCCAACGCCACUGUCUACCAACCCGAGGAAGCUUGCGAGACCGUGAUCUAUUCCGACGGUGGAUUCUCCAACGUUUUUGCCAUGCCCUCGUACCAGGCUAAGGCAGUGUCCACUUACUACGAGUAUUUCGUUCCUCCCUACACGGCAGCGCAGUACAACAAUUCUCGCUCUGUUCGCGGUUUCCCGGAUGUUGCGGCAAGCGGUGCCAACUAUGUCAUCGCCAUCGACGGCGAGUUUGCUCUGGUAUAUGGUACCUCCGCCUCCAGCCCGGUCUUUGGCUCUAUCGUCACCCUGAUCAACGACGCUCGUCUUGCUGCUGGCAAAGGUCCCAUUGGUUUCCUUAACCCAAGCAUGUACGCGAACCCGUCCAUGUUUAACGACAUUACAAUGGGAAGUAACCAGGGCUGCGGUACGGAGGGCUUCUACGCUGUUCCCGGCUGGGAUCCUGUCACUGGUCUGGGCACUCCCAACUAUCUCAAGAUGGUCUCGUACUACCUCGCUCUCCCGUGA